AAAUGUACAUUUUCCCAGCAGUUUCUAAUUUAAAAAAAAUCUACAAAUGAAGAAGAAAAAAAACAAUUUUUGAUCUAGUCCCCCCCCCCCCCGAAGAAAUUUUCAAGAUCUUUUCAAGAUUUUUAAUGAGUGUUUUUUAAUAAGUGACAAUGGACAAUGAAAUGGAAACAAGAUCGAUGCCACCAUGGUAUUCGAAGUGUUUUGAAUAUUUGCGAAAUCGAAAUCGCAUUGGUCCGGGAAAAGUGGAAUUGCCGGAGUGUGAUUUUUUUUUUGUUGAACCGAGGCGAACAUUGAGAAUAUUGAGACCGGCGUUGAAAAGUGGUAGAUUUUAUGAGACGAGCGAUCACGAUAGACCGGAAUCGGUGAAUGAUAAUUUUUUUUCACGUUGGUCGAGGAGGCCACAUCCAUCGGGCAAUUGUCGAUGUUCAUUUCGACAAUCGAAUAAUAUUAGUAGACUGAGCACCACUGAGGAGCAAAUUAUUUCUGCAGAGAUUAAUCGAAUUAGAACGAGUCUUUGUGAGGCGAAAACAGGAGAGGACAUUGCUGAAAUUGAAAAGAGACUCUCAAUAACAUUGGAAAAUUUGAGGGUCAACAAUGCUGAUGCUGAGACAAAAAUUAGGGAUGAGAAAAUUUUUGAGAAAUCACUGCAGCAACAACAACAACAACAACAACAAAAAUUGUGUUGUGAUGAUGAUGAUGUUGAUGAGGUGGCUGUUAAAAAUAAAAUUGUUCGUGAUUUAGAAAGUUACAUAAACGACCUUCUAGAAGAGAUUAUGAGCGACACGAUCAAAUUCAUAUCCGAGGCUGGGAAUUCCUUGGGCAGGAAGUGCUGCAGAUCAACUGAAAAUAUUAUUAUUAAUGACAAUAAUAAUAAGAAGAAGUGUCUUAGGGAAAAAGAAAAUUCGGAAAAUUCAGAAAAUUUGAAAAUUGACAAAUUUGAAAUUAAUUUUGCCUUUCCCGAUGAAAAAAGUGAAAUAACAACUUUUCAAUCAUCAUCGACGAGUGGCUACGUGAAUCCUGCUUUCGAUGGCACAACUCAGGAACCCGACGCCCUAAAUUUCUAUCUACGUCGUCAACUUGGCUCGGAAAUUAUUCUCGAACAAUUGGAUUGCAUUGAUUCGGGAAUUAACAGCGUUGAAACUGUCGAACUUCAACAGGAACAGGAACCGAGUUUAGAGGAAUCUCUCUUGGAGAUAAUCGACGCCAAAUUGGGUCGGACGCCAGUCGGCAAAAGUUGGGAGCAUUUGGAUCAAUUUGAAAAAAUUGAUAAACAAGUCGAGGAUAGUGGGGAGAAAUCGAAGCUAAACGGGGAAAAGGGAGAAAUCGAGGCGAAAAGUACAGAAGACGAAGAAAAAGGAGAAAAAAAGGCGAAAAGUACAGAAGACGAAGAAAAAGAAACAAAGGCGAAAAGUACAGAAGAAGAAAAAGAAGAAAGAAAAGCGAAAAGUAUAGAAAAAAGUAGAGAAAACGAGGCGAAAAGUACUGAAGAAGAAGAAAAAGAAAAAAAAGCGAAAAGUACAGAGAAAAGUAGAGAAAACGAGGCGAACUAUACCGAAGAAGAAAAAAAGGAAAGAAAAUCGAAAAGUACGGAGGAAAGUAGAGACAAAGCAAAGGAACAAAAAGAAGAAGUAAAAACCCCCCAAAGUAUUGAAAAAAAGCCUUUCGAAACAAAAAAGACUGAAACCCUAGAAAAAUCGACGAUUACCCUCGACACUGUUGAUUCAAUACCAGAGGAUUUUCGCGAACUCGAAGAUCUCGUUGACGAUCAAAGUUUUGAGAGGCUUCGAUUAGAAUUUAAAGAAAGUACAAGUACUCCAAAGGCAAAGACAAAACGAAUGUCCGUACUCAAAGAAAAAUUAGUGAAUCGUUUCAAUAAUACAAAUAAAAAUCAUCGAACAUUAAAAUGUACAGCAAAUCUAACAUCAUCGUCAUCAUCAUCAUCGCCACUUGAAUUAAAGGAUUAUAGGAAAAAACAAUGGACAAAUUUUGAUGUGCCUAAUAAUAAUUCAACUGCUGUAGAAUCAUUGUGCUCGGAUCCAAAUGAUUUUGUUGUUUUUCGUAGGAAUCGUAAACCGACAAUUGUAUUUAUACAUGGUUUUGGUUCGUCGGCUGAAAUAUUUGCACAUCAAUUGGAAUAUUUUUCAAAUUUAGGAUAUCCCUGUGUUGCACCUGAUUUAUUGGGUCAUGGAAUGAGUUCGGCGCCAAAUCGAUCGAGAGAUUAUCAUUUUGAGAAAUUACUGCAGGAUCUUGAUUUGGUUUUACAUCAUUAUGCAUUUAAACCGGAGCAGAAAUGCGUUUUGGUGGCACACAAUUAUGGAUGUAGCUUCGCCACGGCCUUGGCCUGCAAAUACGAGAGCAGCAUUCAUCAAUUGGUGUUAAUAUCUGGCGGUGGACCAACGCCAUUGGCACCUCCGAGCAACGAGAGCGCCGGACACUGUUGUCUGAGGGCAAUGCUCACGCCAUUUCUUGUCUGCGGACUUCAUCGUGACAUUUUGUAUUCGGCGAGGGGGCGACAACAUCCUUAUUGUGGCUCCGAAUCAGAGGAACAAUGGCCCUCGCACAUGAAAUACGUAUUGAAGGGAAUGGCAUGGCCGGAAGGCGAUUACGUUUUCCAUAGAAGGAUCUGUACGCCGACACUUUUAAUACACGGACUCAGGGAUAAUAAAGUGUCACUCGUCCAGGAAUGUCAAAUGGAACGAACCAUGAUCAAGGCAUUUCUCGAAGCAUUGCCUUCAGCUGGACACAUACCAAUGACGGACUGUCCAAAUCAAAUAAAUCACAUGAUUCACUGUUUCAUCGACCUCUGGAAGAAUAAAAGAUGGUGACUAAAAAGU